CUCCUGUGUACAGCCUGGGUUCCAGCCUCACUGAGCUGCCAUCCUAAAAGCUUCCUACCCGGGAGGCCCCCCAGCACCGACCAUGUCUAUCAUGGACCACAGCCCCACCACGGGCGUGGUCACGGUCAUCGUCAUCCUCAUCGCCAUCGCCGCGCUGGGCGCCCUAAUCCUGGGCUGCUGGUGCUACCUGCGGUUGCAGCGCAUCAGUCAGUCGGAGGACGAAGAGAGCAUUGUGGGUGAUGGCGAGACCAAGGAGCCCUUCCUGCUGGUGCAGUACUCGGCCAAGGGACCGUGCAUGGAGAGAAAGGCCAAGCUGAUGGCCCCUGGCGGCCCAGAAGUCCACGGCUGAUCUGGGACGCGAGGCUCCCAGGCCUGUCUGUGGCUGGCCGAGAGGCGCUGGGAGGGGCAGAGCCACACGGACAUGCUGCUGGCUGAGAGGAAGGGCUGACGCUUGCUGGCAUGGCCUUGGCGAGCUUCGUCAUCGCAUGCACUGACUCCAGGGGCCCAGCUGUCCUGGGCCUCCCGCUCGGCCUCCCAGUGGGGCUGCCCACUGCAGGCAGUGGGCAGGCCCCGCCUCGCUGGGGCACGUGGCCCUGCAGCGCUUUUGUUACUUGAAUGUCUAGCUGAGCCUGUUUCUGAUGGAGCUACUACUGUCAUGUGUGAACUAACAAACCUGUGAACUGUAAAUAGGCCCUGGGAGCACGUGCUUACGCCGUUCUGCUGUGUUUUAAAAAAAUGUCCUAUAGAGUACAUGGGACUGGUUCGAUGACGACUGUACACAUGACAAGCUGAGUCAAGACCAUGGGAGGGUCUUAGCCCUGGAAGGCCAGGCUGCAGUGAACAGGGGUCUCAUGUACACCCACGUGUGCAUGUAUCAAGGGAGUAGAUUGCCAGUUUGGAGUGUCGUGGCUGCCCAGCCGGUGACUUCUGCUUGGCUGGUCACGGAUGGAGGAAGGCCACACCCCCUCCUCCCUUCUCCUGGUAGACUCCCUUGUCCAAGCAGCACUUCCUGUGGGUAGAGGAGGUAUUGCAAGGAAGCUACUAGCCUGCCUGGGAGCUGGUGAAGGACAAGUCAGGGUACGAGUCCCGAGGGCUCCAGGCGUCUUAGUAGCAGAGCAGUUUCCAGUCCUUGGCCUUGAGCAGGUGCGGUCUCCAGACGCGGCGUCUCUGUCAGUGCCCUGGUCCUCAUAGAAACACCAGGGCCUGUAGUGGCUAUUUUUGGUCUGAAACCCAGUCAGCCCAGGAGAGUGAAAAAAGUUGUUUUUGUUUCUGUUUUAAGAUUUCUGCACUGGAGGGGGAGGGAAGGGAAGGGGACUGUUGAGGUUGUUUUACUUUCUCACUUCCAUUUUCACAAGUUAGCUUCCUUCCCUCUCUGAUGAUGGCCCACAUGCUAGGUAUUGGCUUUCACUUUCUUCAUUGGGUCUCUAGGCUGUGUCCCGAGUCCCCUGGCCUGGCUCUGAAGGUGCGAGUGUUGGUGGAAGGUCAUUUCUUGUGUGCACAUUCACGCAGGAGUCACCAGACCACUCCUUGCCAGCUCAUGCUGGGUGCAGGGAGUGGGGGCAGGGCUGGGAGUGAACUUCAAGUUCAGGACUUGGUUCUUGCAGACUAUGAGUUGUGGUUCUCAGUCCAGCCAGCACUCAAGCAGUUUGCAUCUCCAUGGCUUCCCUUGUGUACACACCAGCGAGCUUGCUUAGAUUUCCAAUUCCCCAGUGAGCACCUUCUGCACUGUGAUGGUUAAGACACCACUGUGUCAGCAUCCUCGGUAAGAAUCCAGAAGCUGGCCCUGGCGUAACCAUGGAGCUCCGGCCACCUGGCCAGGAUAGAGGCAUCUGGCCGCACCCAGGCCUCCUCUAAAAAAGCAUGUUGAACCAAUCCGUUUCUAGAACCCCCCCCAGGGAGCUGUAGGGAACACCUCUUUUUAGCAGCAUACCCCUUACUGGGGGUUAACACGAAGAGCUUGGGUUGGGGACGGGGGUGGUAGUGAAACAUCACCGGGGGCUGCUGGGAGCCCUUGGGGAGACAGAGGAAACACCUUUGACCGCAGACGGGUGGCCGAGCUUAGGAAGGGGUGGUGGUGGGACGUCAGGAGAGGCAGGACCCAAGGCAGGUGCGGGAGGGGAUCCAGCCCUGCAGUCAGCCCAGAGGGAGGGCGAGUCCCAAAGGUGCUGACCGGAAGGCAGGGAGAAGUCUUGCUUUGGCGAGUUAGAGAAGGCAUUUGACCCACCUCCACUCGCCCAAACUUCCAGGCUUUCUACCUCUAUUCUCGCCACAGCCAGCAGUGUAAAUCUAGGCUCUUCCCUCCAGCUUCACACCUGACCGUGGGCUACCUGUCAUGUGCCUGUCUACUCGCCCCGUGGUGUUCACCUUGCCAGCAAAGCUCUAGUUCUGAGAUGAUCAAGCCUCGCUCUCUCACAGUGUCCUCCUGGAGGUUUUCUUUCUGCUCCCUGGAUGGGGUCCCUCAGAGUGUGGCAGCUGUGCUAGGUGAGGGUCAAGGCGCAGUGAGGCCUGUGCAACUGGGGAACCGCCAUGUAACAGCUUGCACUGUUCUCACUUGUUAGUAGCUACUGUUUUUAGCGUAGACACCAGAGCCACACUCACUGGCUUGGUAAAUUGUGAUCUCUCUUGAAUUCUUCCUGAAUGUCCAGCUGUUGCGUUCACUUUUUCUGACUAGUCAAGAAACCACGCUUCUGUCCUUCACGUCCUCACAGAAGCAGUAGUAGGGAUAGGAGGGCACUUUCCAUGCUGAGCCACUGCAAACUUUCAGACAUACCUUUGAGCAAACUGUGCUGUUUUUGUCUCAAUGCUACCAAGUUUGUGCAAUAAGUGGAAGGGAUGUCAUCCCUUGUCAAUAAACGCUGAAUGACAUUCAAGCUGA